AUGCCAACCAUUCAGUGGACUAAUGAUUCAGAGUUAGUCUCUGUAGAGACCGAGAAACAGCAAGCUCUUCAAGAGCCCUCCUUCAGCAAUGUUUCGGAGGAAGAGUUGCCUUUUGGUGAGCGUCUUGGUCGCAACUUUGAUAGUUUCAUGACCUACGUUUGCUUCCCUGAAGAACAAAUUGAUUUCGAUUGUUUUCCAGAGGAACGAAACUUGGAGGCUUUGGACCCUGUCACCGGCAUUGUGGAGAAGGAAAGUCAACACGAAAGGCUUGGAAUCAGCAUCCGCAAGAUGGAGGAUGGCAGAAUCAUCAUCUACAAGAUCAACGAGGACAGCAUGUUUGUCGAUACUGACCUCGAAGUUGGAAUGAAGAUUAUCUCGAUCAAUGACGAGGCCUGUCCUCCAACUGUCCCUGAGACUAUUGCUACUCUCAAGUUGGCCAAGGACAUUGUCAAGAUUGUUGCUGAACCACAAAGGGAUGGCAUUGUUGUCGAUGAUGCACAAAGAGAAGGCGUUCCUGGAGAAAGAGCCCUUGCCAAUAGAAACACUGUUUCUUUCACCGACUAUUUCACUUCGUCCUAUACCGAGUAUGAAAACGCCAUUACCAACAUGAGUAUCAACAAGAUGCUUGAGGCAGUGACUGGCCUAGAAGCCUUCUCGGAAGAAGAUAUUUGCAUUGAAAAAGAAAGCAAGGCAGAGAAGCUCGGUGUUGCGUUGAUGCAAUCAAAGACCUCGAAUAACAUCUAUGUUAACCACGUAUGGGAAAACAGCAAGUUUGCUGCCGCUGGAUUGAAGGCUGGUGUCAAGGUGCUCAAGAUCAAUGGGCAAUACUGCCCAGCUUCCCUCAACGAAACUGUAUCACUCUUGAACACAGCUGAGGGUAAAUUGAACUUGACCGUCAUCGUGGACGACAACUUUUGCUAUGAAUUGGAUGAAACUUUCAUGAUGAAUGGUAAGAAGUUGGCAAACAAGACUACUAUCCGAUUGCAAAAGGAGAAGGACGAACCGAUCGGCAUGCUUCUUCGAAAAUAUGAAGACAGGGAAGGAAUCUUUGUCCGAAAACUUUCGGAAGAUGGAAAGGCAGCCAAGACGUCCUUGAAGCCACACAUGAAGAUUCUAUUAAUCAACGGUCAAAGAUGUCCCCAAAAUAUGGAAGACUGCACGCAAAUGAUAUCUGAAAUUGAAGGGGAACUCAAGAUCGUAGCGGUAUCCAAUAUUCCUGACGAAUUGAUGGAACCAGUGGCUGCCUAA